AUGGUGGAGAAUUUAACUGAGAUGAUGGAACGUGAAUGGUCUUUAGUUAAUACCGAUACAGGUGACCACAGUCGAACAUUGACUACCCAUCAUUCGUGGCACCCACGUUCGCUUACGCGGAAAGUAUCUGAUCAGAAUAGUACGAAUAAUCAUCAUCAUCAAUCAGCAGCUGAUUAUAACGAUGUACCAACCUCAUCUCUCCGCGUACCAAGAUUACUCUCUAAUCGAAUCAAUUCCGAUUCAGCAUACGAUACAGAUGGAGCUUUAGAAUCGCGGAGACAUCUUUUGAGACAUCAUCAUCUCAGUAGUACGGACUAUGAGCAAUUGGUCUCACCGCGAUCAUCUGUCCGACGUCAUGUAUCACAAUCAUCGAAACCGACAAUCAAUAGUUUGGGUCAACAUCAAUUAGCUCAUAGAGCACAUGUAUCUUCUACUUUACCACAUUCGAGUAUUUCGGAUCAUAAUUAUCAAGAUGAAGAUUCGGAUUAUGAAAGUGAUGCUCAUCGUCGACAUAUUCGUCUUAGUCGUCGUGCAAAUCGUCCGUCUAUGGGUACUAUGACUCAUGGCGCACGUUCGGCUCGUCCCACUGCUUCAGCACUGCAUGGCGGACAUUUAUCUGGUUCACCUGUUGCACAACCUUUGCGAAUUAUUUUUAUGCGCCAUAGCGAACGCGUUAACCAAGCACUCGGUCCGGAUUGGUUUAGCCGAGCAUUUCGUACAAAUUCGUAUGUACCAUACGACCAAAAUCUACCGCGUGUUUUACCAAAAAGACGAUCUGAUCAAGCUUUUCUAUUCGAUGCUCCAUUAACCGUUAACGGUUUGCAAACUGCUCGUCUUGUGGGACGUGCUUUGUUAAGCAGUGGUUUAAUACCCGAUGUAUGCUUAUCAUCAUCUGCUCUCCGUUGUGUACAAACUUGUGAACGAAUUUUAACUGGUAUGGAUCGUCGCGAUCGUAUUCCAAUUCGAAUUGAGCCUGGUUUAUUCGAAUGUCCUCAUCUCAAUCAUAAAAUAACCGAUAGUUUUAUGACGAAAAGAGAAUUCACAGACAAUAGUUAUAAUAUCAAAUAUGAAUAUAAAGCGUUAAUUCCGAACAUUUCCGUUCCGGAAACAUUAGAUGAUUAUUUCGAGCGAAGUGCUGUUGUGAUGAGAGGAAUAAUUGACAGAUACGGUCAUCGUGGUGGGACAGUGCUUCUUGUAACACAUGCACCUGGUUUAUUGGCAUUGACUGAUGCAUUGAAAGGCGUAAAACCCAAUGUUGAAUCAUUCUAUCGAACUGUAUCAAAUUAUCCGCCGUUAGCAAUGUAUAUGGCUGAAUACGAUGGUGCGAAAUGGAGAUUUUCAGAUCAACCGUUCAAUUUGGUACCAAGUGGACGAUGA